GAUUUUUCACUAUAUUUUAUUUAUAUUAAUAAUAGACUCAGAUAAUUAUGAAUUGAAAUAUGUAGUUACAAUUUAACGCCUGUUGUAGAAAUGGCAGCAACUACAUGCCACAUGAAGCAACUAAGUGCAGAGACCCUAGCAACUAAGUGCAGAGACCCUGGCUUUCAAUUGCCUGGAUUCAAAUCAUGGUUCCACCACAUUCUAUCAGAAUUUGGUCAUCAAAGCUCAAAGUGUGGCUUAUCCAGUGAACUCUUGAUGUUAGGGAAAUUGGCCUUUUAGGGCCAGGGCAUCUGUACCAGGGUAGAGAUUAUCAAGGGACAUCUGUGGAGUGUAGAGUCCAGCAGUGGGGAAGAAUGGCUAAAGAAAGGGAAAUGUCACUUCCUAAGGCUGAUUAGAAGACUGGAAUUUCCAUCAUGGAAAUCUUUAAAGGGACCCAGUAGGAUAUCUGAAGGCAGGAGACUGCAUGAAAUUGGUGAAAUGGGUCAAGGUUGGCAAAUGCCCAAUGUGUUUCUCACUACUAGCCCCAUGGCAUGCAUCACUGAUUGGUCACAACACUGUUGAAGCAUUGGCUUAAGCCACUAAAGGUUGGAAUGUUCUCCACUUAAAACACUUCAUCGGUGCAAGUGUUUGCAAUGUUAGUUGAGUAAUAGUCUUAUAGAUAAAUAUUUAAAUAAACUUUAAAACACUUACUGAAUUAAGAAAAAAAUUAGAAAUCUUAAUGUUCCAGAAAUGUUCCUUUAGAUAUAAAGUAAAUACACCAUUCUGUGUCACAUUGUGGUUCUCAGUAAUGUUAAUGGGUUAAGGAUGCAAAGCCACCACUAGUCUUUUUUGAAUGAAGUUUACAGCAGUUGAAGAUAUAUCCCCAGAGUGUAGCAGGGUACCUGGCAUAUAUCAAGAAUUCAUAUUCUUUAAAAUUUGAACCUGCUGUGGAUUAAGGUAAUAUUAUAAAAAAUAUGAUGUGUGGGCUUGUAGUGGGUUGAUAUUAAGUUUAAUAAAAUUUUCUGGGCUAAGAAGUAUCACAUAUAACUGGCACAUGUCAAAAACAUGUCAGUGAACAACUCUUAAUUAUCACUCUUCAGAGCAGGAGCAGGUGACACAAACAGAAUAAUAACAUAUGGACUGUUAUUACUAAGCCAAAAUUUGUUAGUGAGUAAACUGCCAUAUACUGGUAAUUUGCCAUAUAUUGAUAACUUGGCUAUGUCUAAUCUAAGUUCACUUACCAUUUUUAAAGGUUAUUAAAUAAAAAUAAUGAGUUACUAUAAUCAUCAAUUUGUUUACAGCAUGAAAACUGAGAAUUAUUUGCAAUCCUGAUGUAAUUUUAAGAACUAGAAAAGUUAUUUCCCAUUUUUUUGUGUGAGGAUUUCACACUGUUAAGAUUUAGCAUUUGGGGCAUAUUUUGGACAGUAGUGAGCCUGAUUGGAAUGCAUAUGGAUUAUGAAAUCACAGUGACUGACUCCACUGGAGUAUUCUUUAUUACCUCUGGCUACUUCUAGAACAACAGUGACUGUUCUAGAUGGGUAGGGUCUAACCCAGCGAUACACAUGGAAGGUCCAAGCCUGGGCUUGCCUCAGAAGUCUGGAUUUAUCGUGUGACAGUUCCUAGACUUGACUUAGUAUAACAAUGUUUGUUACCUAUUGCUGCACAACAAACUACCCCAAUACACAUUAGCUUAAAACAAUGAGCAUGUUUUUGAACACAUUAACACCGAAGUUCUAUGUGGCUCUGACAGGCACUUCCUCACUGAUAUCAGGGCUUAUUUUGAUAUUUGAAUGGUGGUAUUUUCGCAAGUACGGAACUUCAUUCAUUGAACAAGUCUCAGUAAGCCACUUGCGCCCCCUUCUGGGAGGGGUUGACAACAACUCCUCCAACAAUUCUAACUCCAGUAAUGGGGACUCAGAUUCCAACAGGCAGAGUGUCUCAGAAUGCAAAGUAUGGCGAAAUCCACUAAAUUUAUUUAGGGGUGCCGAGUAUAAUCGGUACACUUGGGUGACAGGACGAGAGCCUCUUACCUACUAUGACAUGAAUCUCUCUGCCCAGGACCACCAGACAUUCUUUACUUGUGACUCGGACCAUCUUCGUCCUGCAGAUGCAAUAAUGCAGAAAGCCUGGCGAGAGAGAAACCCCCAAGCUAGGAUUUCUGCAGCUCAUGAAGCCUUGGAGAUAAAUGAAAUUAGGUCCAGAGUUGAAGUUCCCCUAAUUGCUUCCUCUACCAUCUGGGAGAUAAAAUUGUUACCAAAGUGUGCAACUGCUUAUAUUCUCUUGGCUGAAGAGGAAGCAACAACCAUUGCUGAAGCAGAAAAACUAUUUAAGCAGGCCCUGAAGGCUGGAGACGGCUGUUACCGGCGUUCUCAGCAGCUACAGCACCAUGGAUCCCAGUAUGAAGCCCAACAUAGACGAGACACCAAUGUUUUGGUCUACAUCAAAAGAAGGCUAGCAAUGUGUGCCAGAAGACUCGGAAGGACCAGGGAAGCAGUGAAAAUGAUGAGAGAUUUAAUGAAGGAGUUCCCCCUUCUGAGCAUGUUCAAUAUCCAUGAAAACCUUUUAGAAGCCCUUCUGGAACUACAAGCAUAUGCUGAUGUUCAGGCAGUCUUAGCAAAGUACGAUGAUAUAAGCUUACCAAAGUCGGCAACAAUAUGCUACACAGCUGCCUUGCUCAAAGCAAGAGCUGUCUCUGACAAAUUCUCUCCCGAGGCUGCAUCUCGGCGGGGGCUGAGCACGGCAGAGAUGAAUGCGGUAGAGGCCAUUCAUAGAGCUGUGGAAUUCAAUCCUCACGUGCCAAAAUACCUACUAGAAAUGAAAAGCUUAAUCCUACCCCCAGAACACAUCCUGAAGAGAGGAGACAGUGAAGCAAUAGCAUAUGCCUUCUUUCAUCUUGCGCACUGGAAGAGAGUGGAGGGGGCUUUGAAUCUUUUGCAUUGUACAUGGGAAGGCACUUUUCGGAUGAUCCCUUAUCCCUUGGAAAAGGGGCACCUAUUUUAUCCUUAUCCAAUCUGUACAGAAACAGCAGACCGAGAGCUGCUUCCAUCUUUCCAUGAAGUCUCAGUUUACCCAAAGAAGGAGCUUCCCUUCUUUAUUCUCUUCACUGCUGGACUGUGCUCCUUCACAGCCAUGCUGGCGCUUCUCACACACCAGUUCCCGGAGCUCAUGGGGGUCUUCGCAAAAGCUAUGAUUGACAUUUUCUACUCGACAGAGUUAAGGGACUGGAAUUGCAAGAGUAUUUUCAUGCGCAUUGAAGAUGAACUGGAAAUCCCACCGGCACCUCAAUCUCAACAUUUCCCAAACUGAACUCAUCACCCUUCUUCCCCUACCACCAAAACUGCUCCUCCUCCUGUAUUCCUGACAUCCACCAGUGGCCCUGCCAUCCACCCGGUUACUCAAGCCAGAAACCCGGCAGCCCUCCCAAACUCUUCCCUCUCUCACUCUCGCAUCUCAUCUGUCUUGGCCUUCGCAGUCUGUUGGUUCUAACCUACUAAGCAACUAGGCGUUCAGUAUGUGUGAUGCCCCUCUUCUCCCCCUCCUCCUUUCCUCACAGCAUCUCUCUUAGUCUAGGUCCUUGCUAGGUCCUUCCUAGGUCCUCGUUCUUUCUUGCCUGGACUCCUGCAGUAGUCUGACUAGUCUCCUUGCUUUAAGUCUGAUUCUCCACCAAUCUUUCUUUCCAAAUUGCACAUCUGAGCAUGACACUUCCCUGCUUGAAUUUCUUCAGUGGUUUCCCAUCCACUUCAGGACCCAGUCCCAGUGGUUAGCAUGGCAUCCAGUGUCCUUCAUGGUCUGUCCCUUGCUUGCCUCUUCAGCCUCGUCUCUCCCAACUCUUGCACAGGCACUGCUCUUCAGCCAGAGUGACUCGCAGAGGCACAGACUCUCGUACACCUUGCUGCCUUUGCACGUGCUGUUUGCCCUGCGUGGAAUGCCCUUCACCAUCGCCACCCCACUUGCCCACUCUACUAACACCUCUCCAUUCUUUUAUACUCAGCUUUCUUUAAAUGUCGCCUAAGCUGAGUUAGGUGUCUCUCCUCUAUGAUCCUACAGUAUUCCAUGAAUAUCUAUAUUAUCACAUUUAUUGUACUGUAUGAUAAUUGUUGAAAACUUGUCUGUCCCUGUUUAGAAUGUGAGCUCCUUGAGGGCAGGACUGUGUCUUCCUCAUCUCUGUAUCCCCAAAGCUUUGCACAGUGCCUUGCACAUAGUAGGUUUUCAAUAAAUGAUUAUUAAAUAAAUAAAUGGUAGUGGUCUCUGCAGAAAGAAUCAAUGUAAACAUCAGAUAGAGCUUAGCAUUUCUUCUCUUCUUUUAUACUUACAAUCAUAGUCUCUUAGAGUUGAAAGGGACCUUAAGCAAAUUGCCUUUAACAGUGACUCUGAAUGGAGACAGACUCAUCUUGAAUACUUCUGGCCGUGGGAGCUUACCUGUUUAACAUCAAAGCCCAUUUCAUUAUUGGAUCACUCAGAACUCUUCCUGAUGCUACUAAAAUCUGCAUCCCUUUAAUUCCCACUUAUUAUUCCUAUUCUACACGCUGAGAGUGCACCAAACAGGUCUACUCCUCUUGCAAAUUUUUAGGACAGCUCAUUUAUUCAUGGCCACCUCUAACUGACUACCUUCUCUUUCCUCCAGGCACAAUAUCUUAAAUUUCCUGAAGUCUUUUGUACAUGACAUGAUGUCUAAACCUAGUAUCACCCAAGUUGCCACCAUGGAUGUUCCUUAGCUUGUGGACCUACAUUGUUAUUAUUUUCUUCUACUCUCUAGCCAACCUCUGUGUAAAAGUAGUUGCCCAAACUGAGCAGAUUAGAGUAUAACUUGGUAAAAUUUAAAAUAAGGAUAUAUUUAUAACAUUAGACAAUUACUGUUCCCCCUUUUGUUUCUCUCUUAAAUAUUGUUUACAGCAUAUUAUAAAAGUACGUCAUUGGUUAAGUCUUCUUCAUUCAACUUACUGAUAGCACUUAGUGUGAGUUUAGGAUCAGGACAGAGAUUCUCAGCCUCUAGUAUGUAUGUUCACCUGGCCACACCACCAGAAGUUCAGAAUCCUGAGUACUAACACCCAGGAAUCUGUAUUAACAAAGACCCCAGCUGAUCCUGAUGGGGAUUGAGGACAUACUUCCGGAAAGGACACUGGUCUCAAGAAAGCUGGACCUUGGAGAAGCCAUAUGCAGCUGCAUGAUGUGCUGUCCGAGCUGUUCAGGGAAUGCUUUCCUGUACCUUGGAGUCAUCAAGGGAACUUAAAAAUUACUGGUGCCUGACCCUUCCCCAGGGACGGUCUGGGGUCCGCAUGGACAUCCGGGUCGUCAAGCUCCCCCUGGUGACUCAGGUGUGCAGCCAGGGCAGAGAACCACUGCUCUUAAUGAAAGGACUGAUUGCCUGAGACUGCAUUGCCCAGCAAGUGGAUUGGGAGGUGCAGGGGACUGUAAGGAGAACGUGACUUUCUCUAGGAAAGGCUGUAUGGCUGUCCAUUCCCUUCGCUAGUACCUUUCCGAGCAUUCAUUAUGGAUGGUAGAUAAGAGGCCACUUUUUUCACGUAAUGUUUCCAAAUGAUUGAAUAAAAUAUAAAUCUGUCUUUAGGGUCCCCAUAUUUUAUACUCUACCAAAGUGUGGUAGUUUGGUCAGCUACCCAUGAUUUUCAAAUGUAGUUUAGAUGAGUUUGCUUUGAAACCUCUGUGUGGAGAAUGACAGUUAUCUUGCUCUUCAUUAAGAUCUAGCAGUUUCCACAGACUUCAUUGGGAAGGAAGAUGGAUGGCCUGAAUGGAACAAGCCCGUCUAGUCUCUCCUCCCCACCCGCAUCUUCCCCUGGUCACCUCAUCGGGCCCCUCCCCAGCACCCCUAGGGUUAUCGCAACUGCCCUACAGGCUGCCUGUGGCCAUUUGCAGCUUGUGAAAGUGGUUUUCUCAGCCCUCUCCUGAGAUAAUGUCCCUGGGAUAAUGACUUUUAGUAGAUGCAGAGAGAUUGCACUGUCACCCCCAGGCUUGGGAACUGUCCAGUGUGUUUACAGUAGAUUUGCUGCCAGUAAGGAAGCGCAGGGGGAAGUGAGAACCACUGGCAAACAGUAAAAGGAGAGGCUUCCACUGGCUUUUCCCCUCUAAUCUAAUCUACCUCAGUGAUUUAGAACUAACUCUUCCUAGAAUGUUUGGUUACCAAGAUAAGGUUGUGCAUAUAAAUAAGUUAUCCUUGCAAAGGCCGCUCACAGAAUGUGGGAAGGUCAGCAUUCUGACCCUGGCUUUCGAGGGCCCUGUCUUCCCUCCCCUGGUCCCCCUCCUUCCCUGAGACGAGCCCCUGACUCCUGACUCUCAUCUUCGCUUAUAGGCCCUGACCUCUUUGAAGUCUGAUAUCGAUUGCAGCGCAGUGUCACUUGUCUGUUGCAGUAGGCACCUGGAACCUAUUCAGAUAAGCAGAGGCGCAGAGGAUGUGAGCGAAGCACGGGAGCCGUGACCGGCUCCUAAGUGAUGGUGUUUCAGGAAAAGGAGGAGCAGGCAAUUGAAGUGUCACUUUCUCUUUUUUUAUUAGUUCAGUUGCUUUUUCUCAUCACAAGAUACCGGUUGAAUCAUGGGACAUUUCGGUUAAAAAUGUGACCGUGCCUCUCUGCCCUCUGGACAGAAGUUUUAGACAUUGAGAGAGAUGGGCUGUCGCAGGGUUGCCUGGCGUUGCUCAUUCAGACUGAACUGUUCAGGCAGUAAAUGUCCCCCUAGGCCUAGAAGUGAAACUGCUGUUUCUCUCUGUGCAUUGGUUAGAUCUCUGACCAAAAAGUAUUAACUAAUUUCAAACAUGUAAAGAAACACGACUGAGCACCCCAAGCAAGGCAUGCUCCUCUAGACUUUGUUAUAAUCCCUCCUGAUGAAAGCCGCUGGCCUUUCUUUAUCUGGCGACUAAGUGAAAGGGCUCAGCGGCCUCAGUGGCCUUAGAUGCCUCACUACACCAUCUGUUUCUUCUUCGUGGGCGUGGGAUCAGGGAGGAGGAGGGGAAGCGGCUGAGGUAGAAGGUGUCUUAGCAAUGAAGGGGUUCUGCGAGAGAAAACCUUAGGCUCUCUCUCGGAUAAAGUUCAAGGGAGUCUUUCAGCUCUCUCGUGGACAGAACAUUCUGAGAGAAAGAAGUUAAUCAUCACAUACAUUGGAGGCAUUGUAGCUUAAUUCUCUAGUAGAACCUCAUUGAGAAGGGCAGGUUAAUCCAGGAAAGAAGGGACUGCUGUAUCUUUCUGUGCGGUAUGGCAAGAAAGGGCAUCUGUGGACAUCAGAUGGGGUGAAGCUCUCUGGAUUUUCAGAGGUCUCGCUUUUGUGCUUUUUGUCCAAGUCGGGUCAAAACAAAGCAAAUAGACAAACAAAAACAGCCUUUACUUUUAGCCACCCUUGUAACAUCAUCUCCAUUCAUUCUGCAACUCAAGUUGAGGCUGCCUGAUGGCCCCAUGUUUUAGUGCAUGGAAUGGCCCAGAGGGUGACUUUGAGUGAUGCCUUCCAUCCUAACCACACUGGCUCCUGCUAACAUUUGCCAGUUCCUCGCCAUUCAGUCACAAGUCCAGCAGUUGUACAUCUGUUCUUGGCCAAGUCUUUAGGAUGUGAUGAUUUCGCCACGAACGCCACCUUGUUUACUGAGGCCCGUAUUCCAGCGCAUGUCAGAACCUCUGGUUCUUCCAGACACUUGAGCACAUAGCUCCUUUUCACAGAGCUGAGUAUUCUAGCAGAUGCUGUGGUCCGUGGAGCCUUGGUGGUCUCUGAUUACAUAU